CAGACGCAGGAUGGCAACUCGUUGGAUCCCUGAGAACUUUUUGAACCAAAGGCUUUCCCUCUGGGUCCUGUGUGUUUUGACAGUGAUGAGGAACGUUUCUGGAAAUGAAAAUGCUGCACAGAUUCAGCUCAGAGGGGAACUUGGUGGAAAUGUGUCCUUUUCCUGUCCUGCUACGCAAGAGUCGCUUUAUCUAUUGUACUUGCAGAAAGGCUCUUCAUUUGUCAAUGGCCACUAUGCAUCAAAAUCAGUAGGGAGAACAUGGGAGAACACAUGGAUGGAUCAAGACAAGAAGACUGUGCAUAUGCACAGUUUGAAUGUCUCACAUGAAGGGGACUAUACUUGUGUGAUUGCAUACAAUGAACAUUCCGAUACUAAGGAAACCGUCGUACACCUCAGCAUCAAAGCAAACUACAGCAAGCCUGAAGUAAAAGUGCUGCACAGGGAUGACAUCCAUUGGCUUGUUAACUGUUCCUCACAUGGCGGUUACCCACGUUCCCCGAUGAUUUGGAACCAAGAGAGUCAGAUGAUGGAAGAUGUAAACAGCAGUGUAACAAGAGAUGAUGUCACCAUGACAUUCAACAGCUCCAGUACGGUGUACUUCAACUGCUCCAUGGGAGAGAUUAGGUCCAUCAGCUGCUCUGUUGGGGGCAUCGACUCUCAAUUGUUCUCAGUCUGUAAACCCAAGGAUCGGCCUCCCCCUACAACCCACACACCUGUUAUAGCAGGAACCAUCUGUGUUGCAUUAAUAUUUUUCAUUGGCAUUGGGCUGUGUCUGAGAAUUAAAUGCAGAAGAGGGCAAGGAGGAGGAACAAAACCUGCAGGACCUUCGAGCCAGGAAGAGCAGGGAACUCCCCUCACAGCAGUGGCAGUGGCCUCUUAAAUGCUAAAACGGAGAAGAUAAUCUGAUAUUGAACAGGUUAUGUUCUAGGAUCAAGAACUAAACUGUACUGUACAUCACUCGAAGUGCACAUCACAUGUUUGACUGAACACUUCAGAGCCAGAACUGACCAGUGACCAGGGACGAUACGCUGUAAAUAUUUCCAUGACAUGUGAGUGUUUCAGGAAGUAUCUAUUUAUCAUUCACUGGUGACGUACAUUCAGUAUUUUCUGUAGAAAAACCUUACUUCCCAAAAGUAAAGGUCUUCACGGUUUGUGGAGAGAUUGUUGUUUCAAACUGGAAAUCCCAACUCGGAGGGAAACCCUCCUUAGCAAGUUGAGCAGUGAAAACAAAAGCACAAUGAUUUGAUGAAAUAUAGAUUCAUCGAUUAACUGACCUCUGUGCCAGAAGAAGAAUAGGGAUGAAGAAUAUGGAUCUGUUACACUUUCUCUAAGUGUCAUUACGGGCAUUGCACUUUAUCGUUCCCGUGUUCAUUCUGUUUGCUAUUUUGUAAAAAAAUGUUUUGUUUUUAUUUAUAAUAGAAUAGAAUAGAACAGUCAAUGUUAUAUUAAACUUAUCAUGGUACUGCAGAUCCUUAGUUUUUGUCCAGGCUUUAUGUACCAGAGUCAGAAGCUGUGAAAAGUAUGUUAGCAUACAGUUUCAAUAUUUCCACUGGGGGGUGCACUAUGGACACUGGCAAGUUCUGCACAAGUUUUGUUUUGUUUUUUAGCAAAAAAAAAGAAACUCUUUUUAUUUAUUGAAUUGCCUUUUCUCUUAUGCUGAGUAUCAUGGUGAUCCUCACAGCUGUGCCAUGUUCUCAUGAGAAAAAAGGGAACUGUAUUUUCAGACACUUUAUUUCAUUCAUUGGCCAUAGUACAUAACUAAAUUGUUAAAAAGAAAAUAUUAUCUAGGGCAGGUUUUAUAUUUUUUUUAUUCCUCCUGCACCUUUUUUGUUCUUUGUAAAAGCAAAAAAAAAAAAAAAAACAAUGUCUCUACAUUGUACGGCUUAAAAGGAAUGAAAUAAAACAAAUGAAAUAUAAAUGAAUACUUCUGGUUUUCAACUUCAAACUGUAAUUUAUUUAUAAUACUUUUGUAUCAGCCAUGAAAACAAGUGUAACCGCCUAAUUUUUUCAGUUGCAGUACCGUUGCAUUGCCAAUAGAUGUAGUACUAACACCACAGAAUACAUCCAACUCGCCCACUCUCAUGCUGACUGGCUGUGUUUAGUGAUGUGUCUACACUAUCGGAAUACUAUUGUUUUUGAGCCUUGUCAAACAUUGUAUGCAAAAUCAACAAUAGUUUGCCGUCUAUGGAAAUGACACAAUGUUUCUGCAUUCAGCAUGUGAUGAAUAAUCAACAGUUUCACAACAACCCUUAUAAAGCUACUGUAAGGAGUAUUUGGUUGUGAGGGAAAACUGACUGAAAUUAAUAUUGGUGCCUCUUUAUGAUUUAAGAAAAUGAGACAAUGACAUACAAGAUAGAAUAUUUCUAUGAAGUUAUUUUUAAUGUCUAUAACUGCUGCUGCUACACAAAAGAGGUGAUGUGUUUGACUGUUCUGUUAUUGUGGGAUUAGAUUCCUUGUCAGAAACAUACCUUGCACAUGAACAGAACAAGAUCAGCAAAGAGAUAGGAGGUCGUGCUAUUUCCAGAGAUGUCUCAAGAAUCUGUAUUUGUAUAGCUAAAAAGAGAACAAGUUCAUCACAGCAGCUUCAAACUGGGAUAUAAUGUCUCUCGGACCCAGGGGCCUGUCCAGAUGGCCACCCCAGGUGACACCCUAAAAUCCAAAUCUGAUUGACAAUUUGCCUAACCAGAGGCGGGAUUUAAAUUACAAUUAUUCUGACUGAUUUCAACAGACUGUUAGUACUUUUCUUUACGGGUUAAUGAAGUAUUAUUUUGGUUCAUACGGUCAGUUGUAAAUAAAUACAAGCAAAAUGGACUUACUUGCCAAUAAAUGUAUUUUUGCAAGUUACACAGCUUACACAGUGUUUGAAUGUGAUUUUCUUGGUACAUAAAAUUGUGGCUUUGCACAUACAUGUUUGUUUUGAGUCUUUAAAGAUACAUUUAUAUGUUGCCAAAUUGUGUUACUCAUAAGUACAUAUAUUUUGUGGGGAUAGAUAUGGUAAAAUAAUGAAAAUCAUCUGUGUGUGCCCACAAACUUCAUGCCACCCCUGCAUAAGUCGGUGACCUAGGUGGGCAACCCCAGUCAAAAAAGUCUUGACACGCCCCUUACCUUAAUGUGUGAUCACCUGUCAAAUGAAGGAUGAGAAGUCUUGUUUAAUGAAGGAAAAAAGCAGAGGAAGAUAGUUUGACAGCUUCAUGCAUUUCCUUUUCUUUUUUUAAUUACUUUAAAAAAGAUAUAUAAUGGUGGCCUAGUCCCCUAUUCCAAAUAAACACAAAGACAUCACAGAGUAACUAUGAGCAUCUUGAAUGGCAAAUGUAACAUACAACACUGUAGCUUUAAUUUGGAAAAUUAGCUAUCUCUAUUGAAGAAUUUCAACUCUGAAACAUUACUGAAUCGAAUUAAUUCAAGAUAUUACUGUAAUAAAAAAGCAGAUUGUGCCAGAAAACAAACCAGAGCUGUACACUUUUUUUGCUUGUUGUAUUUUAAAAUGCUAAUUAUUAUUGGUGUAUUGUAUUUAUGUAGUGUUUACUUGGAUCCUGUAUGUAAUUGUGUUUCCAUACCUUCAUAUAGUGUUAUAUAACUAGGGCCAAUUUCAAAUAAUUAAAUUGCAGAGAAAGAUGGAAAGGAAUGUAUUCAUCCCAAUUAAUUACAAUUUUCAUUUUAACAUCUUACUGAACAUACUUUUUUUGUCCACUUAUUCUUGUCCUUCUUCUCUUACGAUCCACUUCAUUCUCUCCUCCCUACACAUUUUAUUCUCUCUAAACACAUCUCAGCUCUGCGUCUUUGCUUGCUUUCUCUCUGUCUCAUGAGUCACUGUGACAGGCUGUCAGUCCACCUCUCAGCCCUGUGUUUACAUUGGGCAGCAGAGCCGCACCGGGCUGGUUGCACAUCAGGAAUGUAACCCCCGAGGUCCCUGCCCUCCUCUCCCUCCUCUACCUCUUUUCCCCUCUCCCCACCUUCUUUCCCUCCUUUAUUAUAUAUUAUUCACUCCUUUCCCUUUCCCUCCCCCUUCACCUCACUUUCCUUCAUGUUCCUUCCUCCAUCACUUCACUGCCUGUGCCACCUUUCUCUCUUCUCCUCUUACCCACUCUUUCCCCCCUUCUUCUCCCCUCCCCUUUUUCUUCCUCCUCUUUAAAAUUCAGAAAGCAUUGUCCAACAUGGCAUCCCCCCCAAUUCCCCUGUCAUCAUCCCCUCAUCCCCUCACCUCCCACUUCUCCCCAUCGCUCUCCUUCCUCCCUCCCUCAUUCCUCUGCUGUCUAACCCAAACAAACCAGGGAGGACUUUCCUCUGUGGUGGCUGCUGAAGAAACACACCACAUGUCAGACUUGGUUUAAACAUAAACAUUAGUCAAUUUGAGGGACUGGAAAAGGAUACGAGGCGCUUAACUACACAAUGAGAUACAGAAACCUUGGAAAUCUUAAUCUUAAAAUUGACCACUGAUCUACAAAAAUAAGAGUAAAAAAAAAAGUAUGUUGGUGUAUUUGAAUAAAAUUAACACGCUCAACAAAGCCUAAUAUAAAUGGACUCCACAAUUAAACAAUUUAAAGCCCCUGUGAGACAUUUUUAGCUGAUUAUAAAACAGAAUUAUAUUAAUUCUGAUGUCUUAAUAUAACCUACAAGAGCAAAAGAGACCAUCAGGCAUAACACUGAUUAUUUCUCUGUUGUUAUUGUUAAUGCCUGAGACUGCUGCCGUGGGGUAGGUGUCACAUGAAGUGAUUAACAGCAUGCUGAAGAAAGAGCCUUUUCUUCACAUUUCCAUGGCAAAUAUUCUGAAUGAGUGGUGCAUUUAACUGUUUAAAGAAACCAGGAUGUUGUGUUGGGCUGCUAUGAUUACACACUAUCUCUAUCUGGCUUACUCUCCGCUUCCCAAAUAAGGGUAUGGUUGGCUGUGGAAAGUUCAGGAUUUACCGUACUGAACUGUACCAAACUGUACUGAACCAAACCGGACUGCUUGGUGGAAAUGGGGAUAAAGAAAAGUGCCUUGCAGAAACUAUAAUAACUAUUUCAGUGUUUUGUUCAAUGAACUGGGUACAACUUGUGUUCUUGUCACAGUGAAUCUGAAUGUUUUAUUUCUAUAUAACCCCGAAAUAAAAUCUAUUUGACAUUA